GGCUUACCAUUAUCUGUUUCUUAUAUACUUAAGUAGGCUAGACAUUGUAGGUGGAGUAUAUUGAUACGUAUAUAUACUCACAGAUAAAGACAUGUAUCACACGCUUUCUCAUGAAAAAUGGCGGAAAUUGCUAGAAAACCAACAACAUCUACAGCUACUACUCUAAAAGCCAAACGGGUCUUCCAUUCUAGCCCCAACAAUAUCCAUUCACAGACCCAGUUCUUGAAAUUCGUGUUCUUCGACUUCUUCUUCUAGCACUGGCAGUCCACACCAACCCAGUUGAAUCAAGAUUUUCUUGUGUUUUUUUUUAAACCAAAUUUGUUGUUUUAAUUGUGGGUUUGGUAAUGGCUGUGACUAUGGCUUCUGGGAGUACUUCAUUUGGGCUUUACACUAAUUUGAGAGGAGUUGAGAAGCAACCCUUCUCUUUCUCUAGAGUAGGCGUCGUUGGAGCCUUUUAUGGGUUCGAUUCAGUUCGCCGUUUCGGUAUUUCUCACAAGGGAAGAUUGUCAUCUUCAGUAAUCACACUCGUUCCAAGAGCAUCAGCUGCCACAGCUGUGGAGGAUGGAAGUUAUCGGGAGACUGACUCAAUUCCAACACCCAAAGUUAUAAUCGACCAAGAUUCAGAUCCUAAUGCGACUGUGGUGGAGAUAACCUUCGGCAAUCGCCUUGGAGCGCUUCUUGACACUAUGAAUGCACUUAAGAACCUCGGGCUGAACGUUGUCAAGGCAAAUGUCUAUCUUGAUUCUUCUGGAAAGCACAACAAAUUCGCCAUCACUAGAGUUGACACUGGUAGAAAAGUUGAUGAUCCGGAAUUGCUUGAGGCAAUUCGUUUGACAAUUAUAAACAAUCUUCUUGAGUAUCAUCCGGAGUCAAGCUCCCAGUUAGCAAUGGGAGCAGCCUUCGGAAUUGAGCCGCCACCUCAAACGGUUGACGUGGACAUAGCAACCCGAGUCAAUGUUUAUGAUGAUGGCCCUAAUCGGAGCUUACUGUAUGUGGAAGCGGCAGACCGCCCUGGAUUACUGGUGGAUCUCGUAAAGAUGAUUACCGACAUAAACAUUGCCGUGGAAUCAGGGGAAUUUGACACUGAGGGUUUAUUGGCCAAGGCAAAGUUCCAUGUCAGCUACCGGGGUAAAGCCAUCAUCAAGCCCCUUCAACAGGUUCUUGCUAAUAGUUUGCGAUAUUCCUUGAGGCGCCCAACAACCGAAGAGUCAAGUUUUUGAGAUCUUUGAGUUGGAUGACCACACCAGAUCGCUAUGUAGGUAAUAGUGGAUUCUGGCAAUGCCGCCCUUAACCCAUGCCGGAUUGUCGUUGUAACUUUGUCUAAUGAAGCAUGGGUGAACAGAAGAGAUGAGAGAGGCAUCAAUGCCUUGGCAGCUCUGACAUUGUAUAAGCCAUUUGUACUGUACCCAAUGUUGUAAAAUGAUAACCGUUUAUACCACUUCUAGGUGUUUUGUAAGGGGAAAGAGAAGCUGUUAUCAUAUUUCUCAUGCACAAACCAUACCUGCACUUUGGUUUC